UCCUGGAAACAUGGCGGCCAGCUUCCGCGGCCGUCCUAUCCGGAGUCUUCGGAUGCGAGGUCGGAAUGACAGCGGGGAAGAAAACGUCCCGCUGGAUCUGACCAGAGAACCCUCAGAAAACUUCCGUGAAAUCCUUCAAAAUGUGGCCAAAUCGCACGGAGUCAGUAACAUGCGAAAACUGGGCCACCUGAACAACUUCAUAAAGUUGCUGUGCAGCAGUGGACACUGUGAGGAUAGCUUUGGGUUUACAUAUGAAGAAAUCAUCGUUUGUCUACGACUAGCGCUACUAAAUGAGGCGAAGGAAGUACGUGCUGCAGGGUUGCGGGCGCUCCGCUAUCUCAUUCGAGACACCAGUGUGCUGCAGAAGGUCCUCAGACUACAGGUGGAUUACUUGAUAGCCAGGUGCAUCGACAUCCAGCAGAGCAAUGAGGGGGAGAGAACUCAGGCCCUGCGACUCGUCCGAAAGAUUAUCACUGUCAAUGCGAUGCUUUUCCCCACCUCUAUUGCAAACUCUCUCAUCGCCGUGGGGACCGAUGGACUGCAGGAGAGAGACCGCAUGGUUCGUGCUGCCAUCGCCAUCGUGUGCGAGCUAGCCUUGAAGAACCCAGAGGUGGUCGCCAAACGAGGAGGCCUCAGCACAAUCCUCAAGAGUGUGAUCGACUGUCAGCUGAGCCGCAUCAACGAAGCACUGAUCACCACCGUCCUCCAUCUACUCAACCACCCACGCACCCGACAGUAUGUGCGGAUUGACGUCGAGCUGGAGCAAAUCCUCGCGCCUUUCACAGAUUUUCACUAUCGUCACAACGCAGACACGGCUGAAGGGCAACUCAAGGAGGACAGAGAGUCUCGCUUCCUGUCCAGCAGAAUGGCCAUCGUGGCUGCCUUCCGUUCAUGGUCUGGGAUCAUCAACUUAUGCAAAGCUGGAAAUUCUGGUAUCCAGUCUUUAAUUGGGUUACUUUGCAUACCAAAUAUGGAAGUCAGGAAAGGCUUGUUAGAGGUGCUGUAUGAGAUAUUCAGGCUCCCUGUGCCCAUUGCAACUCAAGACUUCACGGAAGCUCUUUUAAGUGUUGACCCUGCCAGGUUUCAGGACACUUGGAGACUCUCGGAUGGGUUCGUUGCUGCUGAGGCCAAAGUCGUUCUGCCCCAUCGGGCUCGCUCUCGACCUGACCUGAUGGACAACUACCUGGCGUUUGUUCUUUCUGCCUUCAUCACUAGUGGGCUGCUAGAGGGUCUUGUUGAAGUCGUGACCAGUAGCGAUGACCAGCUAGCUGUGAGAGCCACCAUCCUCCUGGGAGAACUUUUGCACAUGGCAAACACCAUACUUCCUCAUUCUCACAGCCACCACCUGCACUGCCUUCCCACCCUCAUCAACAUGGCCGCCUCCUUUGACAUCCCCCAGGAGAAACGACUUCGGGCGAGUGCAGCGGUCAACAAUCUGAAACGUUUCCAUGAGAAGAAGAAGAAAGGCUUGAAACCACACAGUCUUUACCUGGACCACAUCAUUCGCAAAUCGGCGUCUUCACAUAACCGCAGAGAGUCGCACUCGCGUGCCCACAGGGACAUCUACGUCAUUAAGGACACAGAGGAAGCACUGAUGAUGAACCUGAGAGACAGUCACAUUCUCAACCACAAGCAGAACCUGGAGUGGAACUGGUUGCUCAUCGCCACCAUCCUCAAGUGGCCACAUGUAAACCUCAGGAACAACAAAGACGAACAGAUGCACAGGUUCGUUCGGAGGUUGCUGUACUUCUACAAGCCGAGCAGUAAACUGUACGCUGGGCUGGCGUUGGAUCACCUGAAGGCUCGACAGCUCACUGUGGUCGGCUGCCAGUUUGUGGAGUUUCUCAUGGACUCAGAUGAGGAUGGCCACGGUUACCUGGAGGACCUGGUGAAGGACAUGGUGCUGUGGCUUUCGUCCUCUUCGGGGCUGAAGCCCGAACGCUGCCUGCAGAGCAACGGCCUGCUCACCACACUCAGCCAGCACUACUUCCUCUUUCUGGGGACUCUUUCUGCACAUCCACAGGGAGUCAAACUGCUCGAAAAAUGUGGCCUGUUUCAGUGCCUGCUGAAUCUUUGCUCAGUGAAGAACCAGGACGCCGUGCUGAAACUUGCUGUAUCCACACUGGACUACAGCAGAGAUGGUCUGGCCAGAGUGAUCCUCUCCAAGAUCCUCACUGCUGCUACUGAUACUUGCAGGCUAUAUGCUACCAAGCACCUCCGCGUGCUGCUGCGUGCCGGCGUGGAGUUCUUCAGCAGUUGGGGCAUGGAGCUGCUGGUCACUCAGCUUCACGACCACAGCAAGGCCGUGUCCAUGGAGGCGCUGGACAUCCUGGACGAGGCCUGCGAAGACAAGGCCAAUCUUCACGCUCUCAUCCAACUGAAACCGGCCGUGUCACACCUGGGAGACAAAGGCCUGCUGCUACUUCUUAGGUUCUUGUCCAUUCCUAAAGGUUUCUCCUACCUCAACGAGAGAGGUUACGUCAGCAAACAGCUGGAUAAAUGGCAGAAGGAGUACAACCUGAAGUAUGUGGAUCUGAUAGAAGAGCAGCUGAACGAAGCACUAACAACUUACCGCAAGCCUGUUGACGGAGACAACUACGUCAGACGCAGCAACCAAAGGUUACAAAGACCAAAUGUCUAUCUCCCUGUGCACUUGUAUGGCCAGCUAGUCCAUGAUAAGACAGGGUGUCAUCUUUUAGAGGCUCAGAGUGUAGUUCCCGACCUCAGCUACACGGUUCGCUCCCCGAUGCUGGACACCUGGGAGGGCAUCAAACACCUGAAGGCUGCUCUCUGGGCGCUCGGAAACAUCGGCUCCUCCAACUGGGGUCUGAAUCUCCUGCAGGAGGAGAAUGUGAUUCCUGACAUCCUGGCGUUGGCUCAGCACUGUGAGGUCUUGUCAGUGCGAGGAACGUGCGUCUACGUGCUGGGCGUGAUCUCCAAGACCAGGCAGGGCUGCGAGGUGUUGAAGCAGUACGGCUGGGACGCGGUCAGACACAGUCGCAGGACACUGUGGCCUGUCACUCCAGACGAGGUGGACACGCAGCUGACCGCCGAGCUUUCGUCUGUACCCAGCACGCUCAGCCUCAACUCUGAGUCCACCAGCUCCCGCCACAACAGCGAGAGCGAGUCUCAACCAAACAUGUACAUCCUGGAUGAUGACAAUCGAGACAUUCUGGACCAGUCCGACGAGCCCUCACUCUAUCUACACUCCAAACCAGUGAAAGACCGCAGCCCCUUCACCAUCCUGGCUUCCACGCGCUUCGUUCGCACUCGCUUCCUCAACUCCCUCUCCCUGCCGAGCAAGAAGGUGCGCUCCACCAGUGACCCCAAGACCCCGUCGGGCUCGCGCACCCCUACCGAGCUCAAGAUCGGGAGUAUGAGGCGAAACAGGACGGUGACGGAGCCCUCCGUCUACAGCCCCAACCAGGGGGACGUCUUCACCCCCGUGUUCAACGGCAGAGGGAUGCCAAAGAGCCCAACGGUCAGUCUGGAGACGUCCUUUGUGGGCACCAGGGGGGGCUCGGAGGAGCAGCUGGUGGAGGGCAGGCUGGCCCGGGGAGGAGGCGGCUCUGGUCUUGGACUCAGCGGUCUAGGAGGGCACGGGAAUGUGGAGCACCACGCCCGAGAGAGGGAGCAGACCAGCCGAGAGCGUCUGGCGGGAGACGGCGGCUCCUCGUCGGGCGGAGGGACCGUGGGAGGCGGCGGAGGUACUCAGUUCAAAAGCCGCAGUCAAAGCUUUAACACGGACACCACGACCAGCGGCAUCAGCUCCAUGAGCUCCAGCCCCUCCAGGGAGACCGUGGGAAACCCCGAGCACCCGGACCCCGAACCGGACUCCUCUGACUGCGUCAGCCUCAACACGGUGGUGUCCGCCAAGACUGUAAAGACACUUUCCUCCCUCACGCCCCAGGCUCAGACCAACCACAUGUCCACGUCGAAGUCCUCCACGGUCUCGCUGGUACCGCCCGGCUCCUCGCACACUCUGCCCCGCCGAGCCCAGUCCCUCAAGUCCCCCUCGGUGACCACCAUAAAGAGCCUGGCCGACUGUAGCUUCAUGUACACCAGCCCAAGAGACGCUCUGGGUUACGCCACUCUGAAGAGGCUGCAGCAGCAGCGGAUACACCCGUCGCUGUCUCACAGCGAGGCGCUGGCGUCGCCUGCCAAAGACGUGCUGUUCACCGACACCAUCACCAUGAAGACCGGCAGCCUGGACUCCCGGUUAACCCCUCGCAGGAUAUCAGAUAGGAGGCGUACCUGUCCCGAAGCCAACAUCAUAAGUCCAUAUCGCAGGCUGUCCAGAACACUGGUACCGCGUCUCUCCCCCCGGAUCCUCUCACGCACCUCUCCUCUUGCCCUCCCUAGGUUUCUGAAAGCUCUCAGCUUUGCCUCUCUGGAUAAGGAGGAGCUCCUCAGUCCCAUCAACCAAAGCACCCUGCAUCGCUGCUCCUCGGUCCGCUCCAUGGUCUCCAGCGCCACCUUCGGGUGCAACGAUGACUACAUUGGCCUGGCGCUGCCGAUGGACAUCAAUGACAUGUUCCACAUCAGAGACUCGGCCUACUUUCAGCAGAGAAUCAGCCCCCCCUCAGAGGAGCGCAAGCGCUUUCUGUUCGGCGACGGAGACGGCGAUCGCCCCGCUGUCCCCGUGCUGAAGCAGCAGUUCAGCAUCUCCGAGCUGAUCGUUUGCCGCGGCGACAACCCGAACCACGUGGUGGGGUCAGAAGAGACGGGCCUGCAGGAACACACCGAGGAAAACUGCCUGUACUGCGUGGGCUCCACGGUGCUGGGAUACCCCACACAGCCGCAGAUCAACAGCACGCACCCCCGAACAGAUUACGUGGACUUCCCCUCCUGGGGGGGGCAGACCGGACAUCGUCUGGAAGUGAUGCCCCAGUCCAAGUUCUCCGGAGUGUCGGGCUGCAGCGACGCCGCCGUGUCGCAGGGCUCCAUCUGCAGCACGCCCACGCCCGGAGACAUCGUCAUCGGUGGAAAGGCGAUAUCCGAAGACGGCCCUGCCUCUCGAGUCCUGUUGAGGAAGGAGGUUCUCCGUCUCAUCAUCAAUCUGAGCUCUUCUGUAGGAACCAAAGGCCACGAAACGGGACUACUGACGAUAAAGGAGAAGUUUCCUUACGCGUUUGACGACAUCUGCCUGUACUCAGAGGUCUCUCACCUCUUGGCUCACUGUAUGUUCCGGCUGACCUCCAGACGUUUCAUACAGGAACUCUUCCAGGACGUGCAAUUCAUGCCAAUGUACGAGGAAGCAGAGGCAAUUCUGACGAAGUUACCAAAACCCGUUGAGGAGGACGUCGACCCUCCUGCAGAAUCCUGAUCAUCUUUCCACGUGUGUCCCUUGCACAGUUGCGGUCCUGACUCCUUGCAACCACAUAAAGACUGAAAUAAUAAUACAAGUUGCGGCUCUAAGGAUGAGGAAAUAUUUGGUCCGUUUAUGUUGCUCAAAAAAAAAGAAAAACAAAAGAGUCCCCUAGCCGAGGAGGAGGAGGGCUUGGCCGUCACUCACCUUUCUUCUAGCGAGUCCGAGCUGGAAACAAAAGGACGUCGGUGUCUGUAAACAAAUGUAACCCAACACGCCUAAUGCUGUUUCAGACUCUUCUCAUUUGUUUGUUUUCUAACAGGAUAAAGGGGUGAGCGGUUUAACCAAAUACUGUUUUCAGAUGGGUCGGCAAUCUUGUGCAACACUCAAUAAAGCAUCAACAUACUGCGUAAGGACAGAAGCUGGAUCAUUCAGACAAAGACUCGAGCUGUUUAAGAAGAAUCUUAUCAUUUUAUCUCUUUUUCAGAGGUGAUGUUUUUCUGUAAUGAAUAAGGCAUGUUGUCGUGUCUACCCAGUGAUUCCUCGGAUUGUUUGUGUUCUUCUCUCUGACAAAACACUACACAGGGAUCCUGCUGUUUUUUUUUUAAAAAAAGAAAAAGAAAUUGUGGACCCUCCCUGCUUCGUAUCCCACCCCGACCUGUGACCUGUCCUAGCCAGAUAUGUGCUUUUUGCUUCUCUUGCCUCACCACUUCCUACAACCUGUAGCCUCUUUUCAGCACAGACAGCCAAUUACUUUUCUAUUUCUUGUAUCUCAGACAAUCAAACAUCAGUAGUAUGGUAUUUUCUAAAUCAUAUCCACCACCCGUACACAGUACCUAAACGAGAACAGCAUGUGAUUUAAUGCAAGUUGAUGCCAUUCUUUACUUGUGUUGGACCUUCAAUGUUUUUCUUCAGCCAUUUGCAUUUUUAGUAAGCUUCUCAGGAGGUGGGUUGGUCUGUGGAAAGACGCUCAGAUGCACCGUUAUGAUCUGUAGAUCGAUUCAUUACAGAUGUAGUACCAAACUGUGCUGUUUAGACCCUGCAGAAACCCAGCGGCUGCCCAUCGCUAUGCCUUCUUACCUCUGUGCUUCACCUCCACUGCAUGUCCAACGAGCAUGGCAGAGUUGUAACUCCAUCUUGACGUGUUUCUUGCUUGUAAAACUUUUUUGUUUUUAAGAGAAAAAAAACAA